AUGGCUCAGCCAUCGAGGGCCCGGCCCGCGCUCGGGCAGCCGAACAUGCCAUCUACCAAUGACACCGUGCCUCCAGAAGCACAGGCACAGCCAUCUAUGGCUAGGACUGGUUCGUCGUCGUCUUCAUCGCUAUCUUCUUCUUCCUCCUCCUCCAGUGCAGGAUCACGGUCGGGCUUAGCACCCCCCGGUCUUGGCCCACAGUUCCCAGCAAAGGAUGGAUACCCGGUCCCAGGUCUGGCGACGACCAUUGCCACGGACAAUGACGACCUCGUUGCUGCCUUGCGUCUUGUCGCAGACUCUGUCGCGCAGCAGUGCCAGACUGCAGCCACGUCUCUUUUGUUGCAUCCCGCGUACUUGGUCUUGAUGCUGCUGGUUCUCAUGUGCAUAUACCACGCGCUAUAUCAUACUCGCUCAGACUGGGUGCUCGUCUUGAUGACCUGGUCCGGGUGCCACAUGGUCGGAAUGCUGGGAGUAAAAUGGCUCGUCUGUGGCUAUAUCGACGCCGCUGAGAGGACUGGGCGAUGGAGCUGGUUGUAUGGAGACGACGAUAGCGAUAACGUGACAAUUGCCGAGGGCGAGAAAGAAAGCGUGAAAUCGACGCACAACCUCCCUGCAGAAUUUUCAUCAAAAACACAGAGACAAGACAUUGUGCUGGUCACCAAGUUCGGGGAAGAGGUCAUCGGCACGGUCGUCCUCAGGGUGGUCCCGGUUGCCCUGACCCGUCGUGCCGCUCUCGCUGCGUACGCCUCAUCCGAUGGACCUGAUAACACCCCCCGAAUGGUCCCAUCACAGUUCAAGCCCUUCAUCCGCGCCUGGACCGUCAAGCAGUGCUACCGCAGCUACGGCGUGGGCUCCACACUCGUCAAAGACGCCGUCCUAAUGUGUAUCGAUCGACGCUGGGACGUCCCAGAAUUCGCCACCGAGCACGCCCACUCCCUUCGCGUGCUGCCACCCGCAUUCAAUAUGCACAUGGAUUAUCUGUCCUUGGUGGCGCAGGUGCAUGUGGCCUGGCACAUUCGGCAGGGGUAUCUGCUCGCGCGUGAGGACAUGAUGCAGCAGCGGGAGACGAUUCAGGAAGACCGGGAGCGACUUUUGACUUCUCGCGAGGAUACCCACGAUAUCAUGCUCCGGGCUGCGACGCGUAAGCUCGAGCAGUUGAAGGAGAAAGAGCUGUUUCUGGAUGGUCGGUUCAGGGUGUUGAACAAGAGCAAGGCUGCCUUGGAGGAGUUGUGGGUGGAGGAGCGGCGGAAGAGGAAGGAGAAUGUCAUUCAGUCCGCUGCCCAUUUGGAUCGACCGAUCAACUGA